GACCCACCUCUGUGUAGAUUCGGAGAUUCUAUUCUCGUUGCAUUACGACAGUGUCUGCGCUUCUCAGAGCAGCUUCGUGUUUGUGUGCCACCACCACUUGGUGUGCCUCUUCAAGUGCUCUCACCACGCUUUGGCUCCCUUUCAGGCAGACCGUUGAACAACCUCUGCUGCGGAAUCGCCAUGGAGAGCUGCGCCACCCCUGUCGCGAAAGCGAAGACAGAUGAGCGAGAGCCGGAACAAAGGAGAGCGGCGUCUGCGCUUUCCGCAUGUCCGAUGGCAGUGACCGCUGCCGAGGCGUUGGACGACUUCAAAGCCGCUCGUCGGCACCUCGCACAGCUGCUGACGAGCUCGCAUUCCUGGGCAAGCAACUCGUGGAGCGACACGCCGGUGCCCUCCGCUUCCGUUUCGCGCCACAAGUUGCAGCCGCACGCCCGCAACGCGGUUGUGCCAGUGGGGUGUGACGUGGCCGACACCUAUUGCCAGAUUCAGAUCGUUUUGGAAGACACAAGUCGGAUCCUCGAUUCAUGCAAGAAUGAGGUGAAUGCCAGGCUGAGUCGCCAGAGCAAUGCCUACCUCUCCACCUCUGCGUCCUGCGGCAUCAGUUCCGCCAGCUCGCCCUACGACGUUCAGAGAUCCGUCACGCAUGCCCUGCGCGCUUUUGACGCGAACAUCCCUCUGGAGGUGGCGUGUGGCAGCACCUCUCUUCCUGCGCAGAUCAUUCCAAUACUUUCUGGCUUUUCGUUGGCCGACACACCGAACGCUACAGAGCUUGCACGGCAGGAAACACCACCGUUUACGCAGCGGUUUGUCACGAAGCAGCCGACCCGAAUGCGGUGGCCCGCGGCGCAGUUCUGCUACGUUGUCCACGUCGAGUUCAAGCGUGGGCGCGUGCGUCGCUUCUUCAAUCGGGUUCCGGUGAAACCGGCAAGCUACGCCCUUGUGCCAGGUGACCGCGGCUACGACUGCGGCUUGGUGAUACAGUGCGCGCUGUGGAACCCGCACAAGCACGCUUACGACAACGACACCGUUCAGUCGCUGGACGCCGUUAUUUGGCCCCCCGGAAACCACGGCACCAUCAUGGAGGUAAUCCGCCUGGCCACCGAUGACGAGGUGCAUCGCUUGCACAACGAGCACGUCAGCAUGGAGCGGCUGGCCCUCAGCACUUGCCGCGAUGUGGCGGACCGCCUUCUCCUGCCGAUGGAGGUGCUGGACUGCGAGUACCAGUACGACGGCACGAAGAUCAGCUUCUUCUUUGACUCGACAGAGAUGAUAGACUUCCGCCAGCUCAACAAGGAGCUGUACCGCAUCUUCAAUGCGCGCAUUUGGAUGCAGAACACGAACGGGGCGGUGCGCAACGGAGCUCCGCCAAGCGCCGCCUCACCGCAGCGCUGGCGUGAUCAUCAGGGUCAUCCGUUCAGCGACACUAAGUAG